AUGGGACCUGGUGCAUUGAGGACUGCUUGAUUACGACCGCCAACGUCGACGGCACCAAACAUCGUUUCGUACGUCGAAUCCUGCGCAAGAACACGCUGAAGUGAGGACAGUGAGGACGACGUCCACCUGCACGCCCACAAACACAACCCACAGACGAUCCUCCAACAGUCCUCCUCAUUGUCAAGUGAACCUCUCACUCACUCCUGAGCAAGAUGUCCCAUCAUCAUGGACAUGGUUGCCAACAAGGCUCUGCUACGGUCGACUAUCCACAGACUAACUACGGCACGGGUGCGAAAUGGAUCAAGCACUUGACCCAGGGCCGCUUGGGCACCUUCAAUGGCGGACACUAUGCGGACGUCAACCUGUCGCAGGUUCUGUACCACCACCGCGUCGAUGACUCUGCCUACAUCAAGCUCCAGGUGUGGAGCGCGCCGGGGAGGUCGAAGCCGUCAUUCGCGGAGGCCAUGAAGCAGAAGUUCAAGCCAGCGAAGAAGGGGGACGAGUUUGGACCGUCAUGGACCAACCACUGGUGGAAAGUCUCCGUGACUCUCCCGGCCUAUUGGGACCAGUAUGAAGUUGUCCAAUUCGAGUUCGACCCCGACUGUGAGGCAAUGAUCUUCACGACGGACGGCACACCCCUGCAGGGUAUCACAGGUGGAUGGGGCGGCGACCGUCGCGUUGAGUUCAUCCUCCCGUCCGAGGCGCGCAAGGCCCGGAAGUUCGACUUCGUCAUCGAGUCCUCAUGCAACGGGAUGUUCGGCGUCCCCUGGAACGGCGACACCAUCGAGCACCCCGACAUGAACAGGCGCUUCAGGCUCGCGUCGGCCGACUUGGUCGUGCUGAACCAGGACGCAUGGCAACUGCUCUGGGAUUUCUCGACGCUGCGCGAGAUCUCGGAGUCGCUACCUGGCAACACGUCCCUGCAGAACAAGGCGCUCGUCACCGCCAAUGCGAUCAUGAACACACUCGACAAGGAUGACCUCGGGAGCAUCGACCGAUCACGCAAGCUUGCGGAAGCGGUGUUCGGCGAGGGGUGGGCUGACAAGGGCGACAAGAUUUACGAGGAGGGACCAGACGAGGCCUCCAUCUGGGGUAUCGGUCAUUGCCAUAUCGACACUGCCUGGCUCUGGCCGUACCAAGUGACGCAACAGAAGGUCGCGCGCUCGUGGUCGACCCAAGUCGACCUCAUGGAGCGCUACCCGGAGCACCGCUUCACCUGCUCGCAGGCACAGCAGUACAAGUGGCUCGAGCAGCUGUACCCGCCCCUCUUCGAGCGCGUCAAGGCGCAGGUGCUCGCGGGGCGCUUCCACCUUGUCGGCGGGUCGUGGGUCGAGAACGACUCGAACAUGCCGAGCGGCGAGGCGCUCGCGCGGCAGUUCAUAUUCGGCCAGAGGUACUUUGAGAGCAGGUUUGGCAUGAGGUGUGAGACGGCGUGGUUGCCGGACUCGUUCGGCUUGACGGGCGCGCUCCCGCAGCUGAUCCGCCAGGCAGGGAUGAAGUACUUCUUUACCCAGAAGCUGAGCUGGAACAACAUCAACACAUUCCCUCACUCGACGUUCAACUGGGUUGGCAUUGACGGAACGCAAGUGCUUUGCCAUAUGACGCCCGUUGACACUUACACCGCUCAAGCUACCGUCGGCGACGUCAACAAGGGUGUCACCAACCACAAGAACCUCGAAUCCUCUGACAUCUCGCUGCUCGUGUUCGGCAACGGUGACGGUGGAGGAGGUCCGCUCGCGAAAAUGUUGGAGAACCUUCGCCGCAUUCGUGCAGCAGCAAACAACUCACGCGAGAUACCGCCUGUUAACAUGGGACACUCGGUUGACGAGUUCUUCGACGUGGUCGCGAAGAAAUCGGAUGCAGGCAAGGCGUUGCCCAACUGGAAUGGAGAGUUGUAUCUCGAGUUCCACAGGGGGACAUACACCUCGCAUGGCUCAAUCAAGAAGGGCAAUCGCAAGUCUGAAGUCUUGUUGCGGGAUGUCGAAUAUCUGGCGACGUUGGCCUCGUUGUACAAGUGGCACAACCCUGACUACGUCUAUCCUAACGAGAGGAUCAAUGAUUGCUGGGAGAAGGUCUUGCUGAACCAGUUCCAUGACGUACUCCCUGGAUCCGCCAUUGGGAUGGUCUACGAGGACGCCGAGAAGCUCUACGCCGAAGUUCGCAAAGAAGGCGCGCAGCUCAUCGAAGACGCAUGGACGACCCUCUUCCCGACGUCGUACCCGCUGUCCAAUGUCGCUGCUUUGAAGAAACGUGGGUCCCUCGUGGGCUUCAAUACCACCCAUCUGCCCCGCCGCGACGUCGUGAAGGUCCCUCUCGGCGCUGGUGCGGCCAAUCUCAAAGCGCAGGUCGUACAGGCCUCGAAGGACGGAAGCUAUGGCUAUGCGCUGAUGGAUUGCUCAGAGGGUGGCCCCAUAGCGACCCCGACGGGACUCUUCGCGGAUUGCAUGCCAGUAUCUGUCUUUACGAAUGGAUCGGGCCACUUUGUGCUGCGGAACUCCAGCGUGCAACUGACAAUCUCUGAGGGUAGGAUUUCCAGCUUGGUCGACGUCGAACUCGGCCGUGAGCUCCUGACACCGGGGCAGACCGGUGGACUGGUGAUAUUCAACGACAGACCGAACUACUGGGAUGCAUGGGAUGUCGAGAUACACCAUCUUGAGACCGUUCACCCGUUGGAGUUCUCCAAUAUUUCGGUCGUUGCAGAGGGCCCACUGCGUGCCUCGGUCAAGUCUGAGUUCAAGUACCGCCAGAGUACCAUUACCGUCACGAUCUCCCUCGAUGCUAUCACUGCGUCAAUGAAGAAGGAUUCUCGAUCACUGUUCAUAUUCGAUGCUGUUGUGGAUUGGCAUGAGAGGCAUGAAUUCUUGAAAUUCGAGCUCCCGCUUAACCUGCACAACGAUGUGGCUACCUACGAGACUCAAUUUGGACACGUGCAGCGGCCUACUCACAACAAUACAACUUGGGAUAUGGCGAAGUUCGAGGUGUGCGGUCACAAAUACGCCGAUCUCAGCGAAUUCGGGUAUGGCGUUGCUAUCUUGUCCGAGUCGAAGUAUGGCUUCUCUUGCCGCGGAAACGUUCUCCGCAUCUCGCUUCUCCGGGCAGCCACGGCUCCCGACGAAAACCAGGACCAAGGCAUGCACGAGUUCUCGUGGGCCGUCAUGCCCCACGUUGGACACUUCUUGGAAUCGGAUGUUCCGCAAGCUGCGCAGUUGUUCAAUUCGCCUUUACCCACGCGCUUCGUGGCGGGCGAUGGGACCAAGUCUCCCAUGCUUCAUGUCGGCCCAGCAUUUGCGGUGGAAGGUGCUCGGAACGUCUUCCUUGAGACCGUCAAGCGCGGAUUGGACGACAAGUUCGAGUCUAAGGGUGGGGAUGUCUCCGUCGUUCUACGGAUCUACGAAGCGUUCGGGGGCCAUGCCCAAGCGUGGCUGAAGAUCGCCAAGCACAUUCCUGUGUCGAAGAUUUUCGCGACCAAUCUGCUUGAGGACCAUGAAGCGGAGUUGUCCUUCCUCGAUUCUGAAGACCACGCACACCACGCCGUCAAGCUCAAUUUCCACGGGUUCGAGGUCAAGACGAUCAAGCUUGUUCUGGGCCGGUCUGACAUUCAAGCCAGCAGCGAAGGCGCUGAUCAUUGGAUCACAAUCGACAAGCCAUCCUUCGUGUAAAGUGCUAAGUAUGCAUGAUCAUACGCGGUGAAGUCGCCCAUCCUACAGCCGAUCUAUUGGAUUGCGGGCGUUCAUGUAUUUCUUGUAAAACAGAGGACGUUGCUGCCCAGACAGCUGUGUAUUCAGAUUGAUGUGUACUAUUGUGCUUUUGGAUGUUCUGAGCAAGCAAGCUAUGACUACUGAAAAUAUGCUGGCGGGCUCUGCACCUUGUAUUUAAUGCUACGUCGCUCGCGGUCACACUACCGAUGUUCUGGUAUCCCACGGGGUUGUAGCUUACACGAACUACCAGUCAUAUGCUGGUACUAGAGUACUCACGAUCUAGUUGCCAUCAAACCUCGAAGUUCAAACUCGC